AUGGCGGUGAUGAUGACCGGCCGUGUGCUGCUGGUGUGUGCCCUUUGCGUGCUGUGGUGCGGUGCCGGCGGAGGCGAAUGCACAGAGGUGGUGAAAGCGCCUGCCGGUGGUGCUGGAGGUGGGAGUGGUGGUAAAAGUGCGGUGGAGACUGCUGAAACUUCAACGUCAGGACCAGACACAUCAGAUUCACCAAUAGAUGUAUCCAAGGUUAAUCAAUCAACAGAAGCGUCUGGAGGAAAAUCUUUGGAAGGGAACGGAGUUAAUGUUGAUCAACAGGAUGUUGUUCCUGGAGUGGAGGAGGAAGAUGGAAGCCCUUCAGGGCGUUUAGAAGAAAUUGUGGUGAACGAUCCAGGAAAAGAAAAUACAGAACGGCCAUUACAAAAUAAAGAACAGGAAGUAAGGCAACUGCCACAAUCGCAAGUACAUGUACCACAGCAACCGCAGUCACCACCGCAACAGUCACAACCGCUAUCGCCAUCAGCACCUCAGCCACACACUUCUGCUUCAGAAGAGGGUAAAGGUGUUGGCGAGAACAAUACGGGUGGAGAAGGUCAGCCCUCAUUGGGAGCACAAGAUAUUGGAAACGAGGAUUCAAAGAACCACAGAAAAGAAGACCCAUUAAAGAGUUCAGGUAUAAAAUCACAAAGCAGUAAACAGGCCCAAACGACAGUGCCAAACACAGUACCGCCGGAGCACAAAACCCAAAAUGAAGUGUUAACCCAGGAAAAAAAGACGAAUGAAAGCCAAAGCACGGAUACAUCCACGAACCUACCCGAACUACAAAAGGAAAAUAAGGAAUAUCCUGCCUCUACGGAAGGUACGGCGCAGAGUACAUCAACUGGCAGUCAAGAACAAGAAGCUGAGCCAUCUACAAGCGAAGAACCUUCCCCUUUUGAGGAGGAACAAUCCACAGGGACGAAGACAAACGAGGAUGCUCGAACUCCGGAUGCUGCAGCGACAGAAAAACGCCAAACUGGAGAUAAUGAAAAGGUUGGCGACAGUGACGGCAGCACCGCGAUACCCCACACCACCUCCCCUCUUUUGCUUCUUGUUGCGGCCGCUGCGGCUGCUGCUGCGGUGGUGUCCGCGUGA